AUGCUCCAGGGCCUCAAGAGUGGUGCCAAGUACGGCCUUUACUUUGGCGGCGCUGUUGCCGCUUUCGUCGUUGCGGAGGAAGGGGCGGGGUGGCUUCGAGAGAGGCUGGAGCCGCCGACACGGCCGAAUCCCAACCAGGACAGGUACUCUUGGCGCAAGGGGCCGGUGCAUGUUGCGGACGGAGCGGUGGCAGGUGGAUCGUUGGCUGCUAUCGCGGGACUUGCCUUCCGUCUACCGAACCCGCUCCUGAUCCAGGGCGUCGUGAUCUCGACUCUGAUGGGAGGACUCAUGUCCGGCCUGCAGCACGUGCAGGACGACCUGUACCCGGAGGCCAAGUUCGAGCGAGCUGCCAAGGAGGCAGUGGACGAGGUUGCCGCGGGCGAUCUGGACGGCGAGCACAACGGCGACGCGGAGCGACAGCCCAUGCCGACGGCUGUGCCCGAACUGGGAGGACUGGGGGAACUCGGCACAGUGGCCCAGCAGCAAGCACAGGCGCAGGGGAACAAGUGGUGGUCGUGGAAGUAA